AAACUUUUGUUUUAUUGACAGGUUCUCCAAGCAUACAAGAAAUAUAUCAGUGACUUUCUAGCGUUUAUUAUGGGGAUCAAUACAACAAUGAUCAGUGAUAAGCUAUUUGUGACGAUGGUUGAUGAAAUUUAUCAUUUAAGUGUUUAUAUAAACAGAGUUUUCUACAUGGAAGAUGUAACAAGCUUCCCAAAUGAGAUGUCCCAAUGCAAGCACCAAUUCCAUGUGGAUGACUUGCAAUCACAAUAUAAUUACAAUAUUUCCUGGCACAGCUUCCUGUCAAAACUUUUUAGAAACUCUCCUUUUUCUCAUAACUUUACAAUAUGCAAGACAUCGCUGACUACAUCACUUUCUGAUGUGCUAUCUGGAUUUACUUUCACCACCUUGAAACAAUUCAUCAUCCUGCAGGUAUUGAUAGACAGCGAUAUUGCCCUUUUACUGCCUGAUCAAACGCCGCAGUUUGAAAAUAUAUCCUGGAAUCACGGUGCCUUAUUUGGGAGAGAGUACUCUCGUUUGACAGACUACGACUGCCUAAAACAAAUUUCCAAACAUUUACCCAUGUAUUAUGUGAUACCUUACCAUAUAUCCGACCAAUUUAAUGACUCCCUGAUGCGAUUAUUUACAGACUUAAUCUCGAGUAUUGAAAGAGUAAUUAGAGAUCUAUACUGGAUACCAAUUAAGCAGAAAAAGUAUUUGUUAACAGAACUGCAAGGUCUGACGAUGCAUUUGGAGUGGGAGAACCCGGUGUAUGCAUCUUUGAUUUCAAAUAUGCAAAAUGUGAGCGAUGAUUAUUUUAAAAAUAUGCAUUUGAUGAUCGAUUACAGUGUAAGAAGAUAUCUAAGUGGACAUACACAACGAGUUUUAACAAAUUUGGAUUCAUCGAUUUUAUUUUUGAUAGAUAAAGAAAUUGAUAUACCGCUAUCUGUGAUGCAAGUGCCAUUUAUGUAUGCUUCAACUAUUCCUAGUUUAUGGUUUGGCUCCAUGGGAACGUAUAUUUCGCAAGCAAUAUCACAAUUAUUUGACAUUGAAGCUCUAUUGCGGUUCCUGACAGAGGACAAAAUUGACCACAAGGUUGCACUUACCAUAGCUGUUCGAUUGCAAUGUCUUUUAGACGAAUACAAUAAAUAUCCUAUCCUAUCAGUAGACGGCCGACAAGACCAUAUCCAUGCAGAUCUUACAAAAAGUGCAAACUUUAAGGAUAGUCUUGCACUACGGGUUGUGUAUGAUACAUUUUCAAAAACAUGGGAAAACAACGAUGUGGAUUUAAACAUUCCAGGUGUAACAUUUACUCAGCAUCAGCUAUUCUUUCUUUCGUAUGCACAGAGUAUGUGUGAAAAGGCAAGUAAGCGGGGCACGCUACAAUAUUACGUUGAUAACACGUUAACGCACCAUUCGCCGGGCAAAUAUAGAGUAAUUGGUACUCUUUCGCACUUCAAGAAAUUCUCGGAGGCUUUUAAUUGCCCAGCAAGUUCAGAGAUGAAUCCAAAAAACAAAUGUACAUUUUUCUGAAAUGUACUUUCCUCAAACAUCUGAAAUGACACCUAAAUGUCUUUUAAAUGUUUACUUUGCAACGAUGCACAACACACCAUUUAGAAAAAAACACGUUUGAUUCAGAUGAAGUAAAUUUCUCAUCUAAAAGUAAUUUUCAGACAAUUUAAGAAAAUAUAAACAGCUGUGAAGUUCCAUCAAGGAAGAGUGAUAAACAUUAUGCUAAUGAUUAUACCCCUGUUAAUCGCUUUUCUGUCUUUAAACACUUGCCUGAAAGGAGAUGUCUUGAUAUAUUCAUAAACUUAAUGCUUUUGUUUUGAGAUUGAGUAAUAAGUUAAGUUUAGAACGUGUAUCCAAUGUUGAUAAUGACAUCUCCAUUACGUUCUUUUUAUUGAAGAAUUACAAAUUAGUGUACAGAAGGCCAACAAUAGUUUUGUUUUAUUCAUGUGUAUGUAUGUUGAACUGAAAGAUGUUGUUUACUUUAGUGCGGUUGAAUACAAUCUGGAAUUUAGAUUAAAAUAUAUGAAUGUUCGA